AUGUACAAUCAGCGAUUAGAUCAACCACGAUCAAUACAAUGGUGUAAAGGAGAAGGUGAACAUCUUAUUUAUGAAAAUGAAUGGAUUCAAAUUAUUGUUACUAUUACAAAAUUUCCAAAUUGGAAUAAAAAAUAUAACAUCAUAUUUAAAGAUCAUAAUAAGAUUUUAUGUACAAUGCAUAAUACUCAAAAUACAUGUAAUCAUCAAAAAAUACAAGUGAAAACAUGGGGUUUAAUCACACAAGUCAUCUAUCCAAUAGCAUCUUUACAUAUAAUUAUUGUUCGUUAUGGAAAUGAAUCGUAUCAUGAUAUAAAAUUAUACCAACAGAAUUCAACAAUUAUUCAUCAAUCAAAGGGAUUAUGUGUUCAUCAAUCAAUACAUUGUGAAAUAGAAAAUAUUCAUCAUCGAAAUCAACUUGAUGUAAUAAAUCCAACAGAUGAACAAUUCUUUAUUUAUGAACAUGCUGAAGAGAUUUGUGUUCAGUAUCAUGAAUCUGUACGUCAGAUGAUAAGAGAAUUAGAUUUACCUUUGAUUAGUCAAACAACAAAAGAUAUAUCGAUAAUAUCUUGUAUCAAUGAUCUCAAAUCAACAGGAAAUAGACAAUUUGCCAAAAGUAUUUUACAGUUAUCCAUCUGGGAUAGUUUCAAUAAUUUUGACAUAAACGAAAAUCAGAUAAAAAAAUAUUUUGAAAAAAUUGAUUAUGCAUUAGAAAAAAUUCUUCAAAUUAUUGAUGAUCGCAUAAUAGAUAAUGUCACUAUUGAUAAUUCACAAUCAUAUACAACAUUAGAAGAUGAAACUUCUCAAGAAACUACAAUAGCAUUAAUAACUACAACAAUAUCAACAUACAAUAGUGAUAAUAAGGGUAUAUGUCAUGUUUAUGGUGAUCCACAUAUUAUCCGUUUCACACAACAAACAAGUAUACCUCAAGAUCAAUAUUGGUGUAAAAUGUCAGGUGAACAUCUUAUUCUUAAAAAUGAUUAUGUUGAAAUAAAAACUUUAAUGCAACAUCAAACUUGGUUUAUAGUUAAUUUUAAUAUAAUAUUUUUCAAAGAAAAUGGAACAAUUCUUUGUACAAUUACUGAUAAUGAACAGUAUUGUAAUAGUUUAGAAAUUAAAAUAACUCGUCCAAGUUUAUCACAAGUUAAUAUUUUAUAUAUUACACCUCAAUUACAUAUAUCUAUUGUUCCACAUCAAUAUCAAUUAGAUUCAUAUGAUAUGAAUAUACGUAUGCCUUAUGACUUGAUUCGUCAAUCAAAUGGUCUUUGUAUUAUAUCAUCAGUUGAAAAUUGUGAAAUUGAAAAUAGUAUUGAAGAUGAAGAAGAAAAUAAUAUUAAUUCAUUAUCUAAAUUAAUAUGUGAACAAUAUUUAACAGCAAGUAUUCAAGCAUCUAAUCAAUUAAGUCUUGUUAAUAAUCCAGAUAUACAUAACAAUGCAUUGAUUGCAUGUAUUCAUGAUUAUCAAACAACAGGCAAUAAAAAUGUUGGUAUCAGUAUAAUAGAUAUGAUUAUCAAACAUGGAAUUAAUAGCAAGCAACUUAAUAAUUUACAAUUUGAUUUAUUAACAAUUGAAAGUAUGAGCAUAAUUGAUAAUGCUAUAGCUAAUGCAAGUGCUCAAAUUAAUAUUAUUCUUCCUUCAACAACAACAACACAAAUAUCAGUACAAAAUACAACAAAAGAAAUAAUAACGAGUUCUAUGAUAACUAUAACACAAACAACAACAUUAUCAAGUUUAUUUUCAGAAACAACAACAACAACAACUUUGACAAACUUGAUUUCAACAUCAACAUCGUCAAGAUUACCUUCAACAACAAUAUCAUCAAGUUUAUCUUCAACAACCAGAUUAUCAACUCCUUGUCCAACAACAACAACGUCGGACUGUUCGAUAACAGUUAAAUCAAUUAAUGUUGUUAUUAUUUCUUUCUUAUUUUUUUAUCUUUUAUUGAAUUAUUUUAUUUUUUAA